UAAAAUAAUAACUCUGGUUUAUGAAGCCGCUCUCUGGUUGGCUGUUAUGUGUCACGUGACAGCACCCAAACAGCCACGCCCCGCUCUGAGAGUUUGAGCUCGAGCGCAGUCCGCUUCACCGACACCUGGAAUACAGCGCGCGUGCACAUGCAGCUACCGAUCAUGGCACUCACGUCGUCUCGCUCCAGUGGUGUCCUUGUCCAACGAUCACCCUCCGUGUGUCUCUGAGGGGAACCAUGCUGUCGGGAAGCUGGCACCGGGGAACCGUGAUCUCGGGGUCCAGGCUGGGCAGUACUGUGGUUCUGGAGGCUCAGUAUGAUUACUCGUACCGUGCCACCGACGGCCGUCUGGUCUCCAUACACGAGGGCGAGCGCUUUCUGCUGCUGAGGAAGACCAAUGCGGACUGGUGGCAGGCGCGGAGGAUCGGGGUCGGCGCGAAGGUCAAACCCAUAUAUGUGCCGGCCACAUACGUCAUUGAGCUGCCGGUCAGCCAGUCCCGCCCCUUGCUGCCCUCCAGCCAAUCAGCAUCAGAGAACUUCAAGAUGAUUCCACGAGGUUCCCUCACACCCUGCAUGCAAACGCAUGGCUCAGCGCCUGAUAAGCAGUUCUGUCGUUCCAUGGAAAACCUAAACUUCAGCAGUGUCUUGAUGGACAAACACGCCGGCAGAGUUUCAGCAGGAGGACGUUUCCCGACGUUACCCUACUCCGGUUAUUCAGCCUCGCCCUCGGGUCACCUCUCGGUUCCGGGCGUCCCGAUCGCCCGCAGCCAAAGCUCCAGCAACCUUCCCCAGAACCCAUACCAGAACCAGGCCCCGACUACAUCCUGCACCUGGAACAUGAGCACAGCCACUCACAGACACACACAGAUUUCAUCAUCUGCCUACAUUUCCCAGAGUUCCCUGUCAGAGCAGGGGAAGCGGCAGUGGGCGGAGCCUCCCAAGCCGUUGCUGGGUCAACGACCCCUGCAGAGGCUGCAGCUGUGGGAUCAAUACUGUGACUUCAGAACUGGACGCUGUUACUACAUCAACACCGUUACCGAGGAGCGCUCGUGGAAACCUCCGCGCCGAGCCCGCGAAAGCCACGCCCACCAAAACAAGCUAUCCAGUGCACUGUUGAUUGGCUGA